CUCAAUUCUAGCACUCUACACAUACACAAUCUCCGGCUCUUUUGAUUAAAAGCAAGCUUUUCAAUCUCUUGCCCAUAAAAUGAAAAUAAUAAAACCGAAAUAUCUUUUGUACUAUUACUAUAUUAACAUAGCAGAAUAACAUAUUCGGUGCAUUUACAAACCAACUCUACUCCAUACAGCUAAACCUGAUUAUGGAGAACAUUGGGGUAAUGAUCAUUUCAAUCCUUACGAUUUUACUUGUGUCACACUCCAUCUUCGCUCUUCCUAACCGGCCUUGCGGCAGCUGCGGCCGUUUUCCGGUACCAUAUCCGUUGAGCACUCGCCCGGAUUGCGGCGACCAACGCUACAAGCUCCGUUGCACGGCAACCAACCUAUGGCUGGAUGGUCUAAAUGGGUCAACUUACAUGAUCACAUCCAUUAACCCAUUACUCAGAAAACUCAUAAUUCAACCACCAAACUUGCCCAACAACACUUGCAUCUCUAGUAAUCUUCAGCUCAAUCCCAAUCUUCCCUUUACCAUCACUACCAGCAACACCAUUUUGUUAUUCAACUGUACAAAUUCAAUCUUGAAAUUGAAGCCUCCACUUGACUGUUCACCUGCUAGCAUUUGUCAUAGCUAUAUUAAAGAGCAUGCAGCUUCCUGUCAGAGGACUCCACUGUGUUGUUCGUUCAAGACUGAUCCGAAACAAAGUGGCGACGCGAUUAAGGGGUAUGGUGCGGAGUGCAGCGCAUAUCAGAGUUUUGUGAACUUGGAUUUGAAGAAAUUAGAGGGUUUGAAAAAGAAGUGGCCUGAGGCUGGAGUGGAGAUUGAAUGGUUGUUGCCUCAGGAGCCAGUUUGCAAGCUUCCUGUGGACUGUAAAGAGUUGUUGUACUCGAAAUGCUUGGCUGAUCGGAUGAUUUUCGGACAGAAAAAAUGCUUCUGUGAUGCUGGAUUUAAGUGGGAUCCCAUCAAUGGACUGUGUCAAAACAUAAAGUGUCGACCCGGUAAAGCUUGCAAGAAAAAAAAGAAAAAGACUGCACUUUUUGCUGGAGCGGCCCUUGCAGGAGUUGCAAUCCUAAUAAUUGCAGUAGCUGUGAUUCUGUUCUACAAGCAGCGUCACACCUCACAGCAGGCACAAAAGAAUAUGGUAAAAGAGCGGAAAGAGAUGUUAAGCGACAAACAUAGCGGAAAAUCGUCCCGGAUUUUCACCGGCAGGGAGAUUGUAAAAGCAACAAACAACUUUUCCAAAGACAAUCUUAUUGGUUCUGGGGGAUUCGGUGAAGUCUUCAAGGGCGUUCUUGACGACGGAACAAUAACCGCCAUGAAACGCGCCAAGCUUGGAAACACGAAAGGCAAUGAUCAGGUACUAAACGAGGUUCGAAUUCUUUGCCAGGUGAAUCACAGGAGCCUUGUAAGACUCCUCGGCAUCUGUGUCGAGCUUGAGCUGCCUAUCAUGAUUUACGAGUACAUUUCGAAUGGGACUCUCUUCGAGCAUCUUCAUUGUCAACAAUCGAGCAACUGGACUCCGCUGUCCUGGCAACGCAGGCUACGCAUUGCACAUCAGACAGCGGAGGGUUUAGCGUAUCUCCACUCUGCAGCUUUGCCUCCAAUUUACCAUCGCGACGUGAAAUCGAGUAACAUUUUGCUCGACGAAAGGCUUAACGCGAAAGUUUCCGAUUUUGGGCUAUCUAGACUAGUGGAGACAAGUGAAAACAAUGAUAGUCAUAUCUUUACUUGUGCUCAAGGUACUCUAGGUUAUCUUGACCCGGAAUACUAUCGGAAUUUUCAGCUGACGGAUAAGAGCGAUGUUUAUAGCUUUGGAGUUGUUUUAAUGGAGAUUUUGACUUCUAAGAAGGCUAUUGAUUUUAGCAGAGAAGAAGAAGAUGUGAACCUGGUGGUUUAUAUGAAGAAGGUGAUUGAGGAAGACAGAAUAGCCGAUGCAAUUGAUCCGAGUCUGAAAGAGAGCGCGAGCAAAAUGGAAUUGGAGAUGAUGAAAGCAUUGGGAACUCUGGCUGCAGCUUGUUUGGAUGAGAAGCGGCAGAAUCGGCCAUCGAUGAAAGAAGUUGCCGAUGAGAUUGAGUACAUUAUUAAUAUUACUGAAGCUAAGGUUUCUAAAUGCUAGUUAUUUCUGUUGGAAUAAGUUCAAACUGAAUUUUGAUAAAAGUAGUUGCUUGUUUUCUUUCUUA